AUGGACUCCUCUUCCACAACUCACUCGAUAUCCAUCAAGUCAGAAUUCUCAGCUCCUAAAAUGUGUAAAAAGGCUACCUGCGGAACCUGCAAGAAGACCUCCUGGUGGGGUUGCGGCAGCCAUAUUCAGUCCGUUAUUGAUAAUGUUCCUGAGGUUGAGCGCUGCGAGUGCGAGCCCAAGGUUGACGUCGGCGGUGUUUCAUACCCGCCUAUGGCUGCGUCUCCAAACUGA